AGAACGAAAAUACGACAGCUAAACUAAAGAUGACCGCAACUUUCGAAAGCCUAGCAAUCACUCUUUCAAGCUUUGCAUUUCUCUCCCUUCUUCUCCUAGCUCUCAUCAAAAUCUUUUACAAACAAUGGUGGGUUCCGAUCCGCAUUAAGAAAACAUUGAAUCUGCAGGGAGUUGAAGGCCCUUCUUACCGACUUAUCCACGGAAACACCAAAGAAAUCUCCAACAUGAUAAAGGAAGCAAUGAGCAGGCCCAAAAGUUUAUCACACGACAUACUUUAUCAAAUUCAUCCUCAUAUUCACACAUGGAGCAAGAAAUAUGAAGGGAAGCUUAAGACAUAUCUUCAAUGGUAUGGUUCUCAAUCUCAGUUGAUAGUUAUGGAUCCUGAGAUGUGCAAAGAGAUCCUGAAUGACAAAGACAGGGUUUAUCGAAAACUGAAGAAGGAAGGCUUUGCAUUGAGGCUACAAGGGAAUGGCCUUCCAGGAAUAGAAGGUGAAAAAUGGUUAAAAGUGCGAAAAAUUUCCAUGUAUGCCUUCCAUGGAGAGAGCUUAAAAGCUAUGAUUCCAGCAAUGAUAGCUAGUACUGAGACGAUGCUAAAAAGAUGGCAAAAUCAUGAAGAAGGGAAAGAGAUUGAGGUAUUUGAAGAAUUUCGGUUAUUGACUUCAGAAGUGAUCUCGAGGACAGCAUUUGGCAGCAGCUACUUAGAAGGGCAGGAUAUUUUUGAGAUGUUGAUGAAGUUAGCCUCAUUUUUGGUUAAAAAUACAUACAGACUCAGGAUUCCUGGCAUCAGUCGCUUUAUUAAAACCAACGAUGAGAUUGUAUCAGAGAAGCUUGUGAAAGGAAUAUAUGACUCCAUAAUAGGGAUUGUUAAGAAAAGAGAAGAGCAGGCCAUGACUAUGAUUAGCAAAGAAGACAAAUUUGGAGAUGAUUUUAUUGGAUUGCUUUUAAAGGCUCGUUAUAAUUCCGAUUUCAACCAGAGAAUUACAGUGGAUGAUUUAGUUGAUGAGUGCAAGACAUUUUACUUUGCUGGACAGGAAACCACUAAUACUUUGCUUGCUUGGACUAUUCUUCUUCUGGCAAUGCAUCCUGAUUGGCAAGAGGAAGCAAGAAAGGAAGUCCUGCAAUUAUUUGGCAAACAAACUCCAAAUUCUGAUGGCCUUACCAAACUCAAAACGAUGAGUAUGAUCCUAAAUGAGACUCUAAGGUUAUAUCCUCCUGUUGUUUCCAUCAUUAGGAGAGUCGAAAAGGAAGUUAGACUUGGAAGAAUCAUUGUUCCUGCUAAUGUUGAAUUGCAUGUCCCAAACCUAGCAUUUCACCAUGAUCCUCAACUCUGGGGAGAAGAUGUGCAUCUUUUCAAACCCGAGAGAUUCUCAGAAGGGGUUGCUAAAGCUACUAAUAAUAACAUGAUCGCAUACUUACCCUUUGGAAUGGGACCUAGAAAUUGUGUAGGAUUCAACUUUGCCACCACCGAAGCAAAGAUUGCUCUAUCGAUGAUUCUGCAACGCUACUCCUUCACCCUUUCCCCGGGUUAUGUCCACUCACCUUUUAGGUACAUUACAGUUCGUCCGCAACAUGGAGUUCAAGUAAUGCUACACCCUCUGUGAACUGUGGAGCUAGACCAAAUUUCCAGAAAAGCUUGUAUUUCAGAUAGUAUAUGCAAUUCAUGAAUAAAUUGAGUAUAUAUAUAGCUAGAUGGUCUUAAAGUUUGUUGUAAUGAUGUUUGGUUCCCAAUAAAAAGGCAUUAGCCUAACUGCAUGUGUUUAACAUUAUUUCACAAAAUAAGAUAGUGCAUCACCUAUGUAUCAGAUCGA